AUGGUGAAGCGUGCUCUCUGCGUGGGCUGCAACUAUCCGAGCAAAGCCUUCGGUUUGGCAGGAGCUGUCAACGACGCCUUCCUGAUCGCAGAGACCCUUCAGGCGCAUCUGGGAUUCCGGCAUGAAAACACGUGCGUCCUCCACGACGUUUAUCCGGGCCAGAAGAAAUCCCUGAAGGUGGAACCAGCAAAGUGCCCAACUCGAGUUAACAUACUGCACCAGUUGCAUCAGAUGGUCCGCUCAGCAAGACCGGGAGAUAUGCUCUUCUUCUCCUUCUCUGGAUAUGGGCUGCAGGUGGAUGAUAUGGAUGGUUUCCAGGAUGAAGGAGUCGAAGAAGCCAUCCUUCCAACAGACUUUGUCGAUGGCCGUGAUGGCGAUUACAGCGUCAUUUGCACAAACGACCUUCAUGAUGUCUUGCUGGGUGUUCCUGCCGAUGUUGUCGUGACAGCGGUGAUGGACUGCGACCAUGCUACCACGCUGAUAGACGUGAGUGGCACAAUCGACGGCUCACUUGUAAGUGGACUAAAGUUCAGUGACUUCUGCGGCCUGAAGGCUCAUUCAGCCAAAAUGGAUCUCGCAAGCCACAAUCGUGACGUCUGGCAGGAAGAGAAGGCUCGAAAUGUCAAGGCCAGGCCGCGAUUUCAGCCGGUCAUGGAAAUCGAAAAUCCGCGCAAGGGAAGGUUGCCGACGCGACCAGCAAUGUCACGAUCGUCGUCAAUAGCUUUCUGUUACACGGCCGCCGGUCAUGGGCAGACGGCUAUGGAAAUGCAAAUGUCCAUGCCCAAAGUUGACGGGCAAGACCAGGCAACUAAGCAGCACGGAGUCUUGUCGUGGUGCUUUACAAAGGCUUUGGAAGCGCUGAACUUUGACUGCACCUACUUCGAGCUGUGGGAGGAAAUCCGGAGGCAGAUGACAAUCAUCCAACAGACAUCCUUGCCACGCAUGGAUCAGGAAGUCUUGAUGACCUUCUCUCCUCCCUUGUCAAAACCGCGGACCAUGAAGGCUCUCCAGCCGGUGGAAGUGCAACGUCCAGAAGACCUCAACGAUGGCUCACAGCAAGGCAAGCGCAUUGCUGCUCCGGCUGUCGUUCCUCCGCCACCACCUGGAUUCGUUGCAGGCCUUGCAGCAGGAAGUGCAAGUGGUGCUUGGAGCUCCAGACCAGUCUCCGAAGACCUUCCUUCUCAGCUUGCCAGAGCACCUCAGAGAUGUGCAUCGGAGCUCGUGCACCACAACGUUGAGGGUCGCGAAGGAUCCUUCAGAGUUCAUGGAACCAGCUACGCUCCACAGAAUCGCCUCGAUGCAGGGUACUAUCAGGCUACUUCGAUUCAAGAACCGACUGGCCAUGCCAGCGCUGGAAGUUUCGUUAGUCAGCUUUCGGCUACCUCGUGGAAGAAUGAACGGCAUCUGCCACCACCACCGCCACCCUUGCAGAGUUCGCCGCCUGGCCAUCUACCAGAACGACACGCUGAUGUGGCUGGCUGGCCAUCUCCUCAAUCUCCACACCGCUAUCCUGGGCAACCCCGAGCAGCUCCGCUUGAUCAGCUCGGCCUGGUCAAAGGUUUGACACCACCGAAUCUUUUUGGUGGCACAAGCAUGCCUUCCAGGAGCAACGCCAACAACACACCUAUCAGCUUCAACGUCCCAGGGUACGGCGCCCUCGCACCAUCAUCGCAGGCGGGUUUUUCACAAGCUGAUCCCGGAAGUCAGCGAGAUAAUGAAUGA